AUGGCGCCAGUGUCCCAGUCCAGCUAUCCAGAGGACACCCUGGGCUCUGGGAGACAGCGACGCAGCUCGUCCGAGAGCCCGCCAUCCGCGCAGGCCAGACACUCCCCUUGGGUCAGCCGUACUCACUCCCGUGACCGCGAAGGCCUCAGGCCUUCGUGGAGUGGGUCGGGUGUUGGAGCUUCUUACCCCUUUAUCCGCCCUGAGUCUCGAAAGCGGCCCCCCGGGCUCCGCAACUAUGACUUCUCAUCCUCUUCUUUCUCCUGUGGAGGGUACCGUUACCAUCAACACCACUAUGUGGGCGACAGGCAGUGGGUGGAGGACUGUGAGAAAGAGAAGGAGGAGAGCUAUCGCCAGAGGCGGCUGAAAGAGAGAGAAAGGAUUGGGGAGUUGGGAGCUCCUGAGGUAUGGGGGCUGUCUCCAAAGUUUCCUGAGCCAGAUUCUGAUGAACACACCCCGGUUGAGGAUGAAGCGGUAAAGACCAAGACGAGCAGCAGUUCAGAUACCAGCUCUGAAGAAAAAAGGAAAAAGGCCAGUCGUUCAAAAAAUAAAAAGAAAAGAAAGAAAAAGUCCAAAAGAAAACAUAGGACAUAUUCUGAUAAUAGUGACAGUGAUUCGGACUCCGACACUAAUUCCAGCUCUAAUGAUAAAAAGAGAGCAAAAAAAGGCAAGAAGGAAAAGAAACGCAGAGCUAAAAAGCCCAAGAAAAAGAAGACUAAGAAGACUAAAAAAGAAUCCAAUGACUCAAGCUGUGAGGAUUCAGAAGAGGAGUUGCCAGAAGACAUCUGGAUUGAGCAGUCAAAGAUUGCAGAUAACAUGGAUCUAAUAGGUCCAGAGGCACCUAUUAUACACACCUCUCAAGAUGAGAAGCCUUUGAACUAUGGCCAUGCUCUGCUUCCAGGUGAAGGUGCAGCUAUGGCUGAGUAUGUAAAAGCCGGAAAGCGUAUCCCACGAAGAGGUGAAAUUGGGUUGACAAGUGAAGAGAUUGCUUCUUUUGAAUGCUCGGGUUAUGUUAUGAGUGGUAGCAGGCAUCGCAGAAUGGAGGCUGUGCGCCUGCGUAAAGAGAAUCAGAUCUAUAGUGCUGAUGAGAAGAGAGCCCUUGCCUCCUUUAACCAAGAAGAGAGACGGAAGAGAGAGAAUAAAAUCCUAACUAGUUUCCGAGAGAUGGUGUACCGAAAAACAAAAGGGAAAGAUGAUAAAUAA